AUGUCUUUCAACACGUCGGUGCCACUUGCAAACCAUUUCCUCGAUAUCCCAGCUCAGGUUCUCAACACCCGCUAUGCCCUAUUUUUUCUUGUGAAUAUCCCAAUCCUUGUGGUCGUAUUCAAUAUUCUGAGGCAGAUGGUGAGUAUCGGUCUGCCUCAAGAUCGUUCCAAGCCUCCAGUAGUCUUUCAUUGGUUCCCGUUCAUAGGCUCAAGUGUCCAAUACGGCAGUGAUCCAUUGACAUUUCUAUUUGCGUGCCAGGAAAAAUAUGGCGACGUAUUUACCUUUAUAUUACUUGGGCGUCGUGUCACCGUCGCGUUGGGGGCCAAAGGCAACAACUUUGUGCUGGGUGGAAAGUCCACGGUGUUCAAUGCAGAGGAUGCUUACAAGCAUAUGACCUCACCCGUGUUUGGCGACGAUGUUGUCUAUGCCGUUCCCAACCAACAGUUCAUGGAACAGAAAAAAUUCAUCAAAAUUGGUCUGUCAACAGAGUCGUUCCGAACAUACGUUGGCAUGUUUGAAGACGAGGUGGAGACGUACUUGAACAACGAACCUAUAUUCAAGUCAUACCAGGAUCCAAAGGGCGCUGGAGAGUGGGGCUCAUUUGACCCUUGCCAGGUAAUUGCGGAGAUUACUAUCCUCACCGCAAGUAGGACUCUGCAGGGAAAGCAGAUCCGUGCCGCCCUCGACAAGUCUUUCGCGGAGCUCUUAGCCGACUUGGAUGGCGGAUUUACACCAAUGAACUUUUUCUUCCCUAAUCUGCCUCUGGAGCACUACCGACGACGUGACCGGGCACAUAAGAAGAUAUCCGACUUCUACAUUGAUAUUGUCAAGCAGAGAAAAGCAAAGGGGGAAAACCAUGAGCUAGACAUGAUCAACGCACUCAGUGGACAAGUAUAUCGCAGUGGCAAGCCAAUGUCAGAUUCCGAGAUAGCGCACUGUAUGAUUGCACUUCUCAUGGCGGGCCAACACACAAGCGCGUCGACCGGCGCAUGGGCCGUUCUUAGAUUAGCAGAAAACCCCGAUUUCACUGAGAAAAUUUACCAAGAACAGGUAAAAUUCUUCGGCGCCCCCAACGGACAGUUGCGCCCCAUGACAUAUGAGGAGGCCCGCGAACUUCCGCUCAUGAACGCGCUCAUCCGCGAAACACUUCGUCUGCACCCACCAAUUCAUACUAUCAUGCGACAUGUUCGGGAAGAUGUUCCCGUCCCUCCAUCUCUUGCCGCACCCUCAAAGGAUGGAGUGUACGUCGUACCAAAGGGAGACUAUGUUCUUGCAUCGCCGACAGUCAGCCAUACGGACCCGCGAGUGUGGCGGAGUGCUAUGAAGUUUGAUCCGUAUAGAUGGAUUGACCCGGAAGGCAUGGCUGCGCAGGCACUCGAAACAUAUGUUGAUGAGCAUGGAGAGAAGAUUGAUUAUGGGUUUGGUGCCGUCAGUAAAGGGACGGAGAGUCCAUAUCAGCCAUUUGGAGCCGGAAGACAUCGAUGUGUCGGGGAACAGUUUGCAUAUCUGCAAGUUGGGACGGUCCUCGCCACGUUGGUGAAGGAGCUGGAGUUCCGCCUGCCACAGCCAUUCCCUGCUAACAAUUAUUACACCAUGAUUCCUACACCUCAGGCUCCGAGAAACGUUGAGUAUAGACGAAGGCGGCGUAAUUAA